GGCUAAGCCAUCCACUUUUGGGGUUUGACUCGUUUUCGGAUGGUUUCCUCUGGUUUGUGGAAGGACAUGUGGCCUGGUGGCACCCGGGUCGAGCGAGCAGUCAGCGCCAAAGGUGCCAGCAACUAGUCAAAAUGCUGACGCGAGUGAUGCGAGAUUCCUGCAUCUCACUGCUUUGGAUUGGCUCAAACAGUCCAGCUUGCCCUAACCCCAAGCAGCGGUUUUAUCCGCAUGCACUGAGCUUGCUCGCGGCCAGAGCCGGCACGGCUCAGAGAUGGCGGAGACCGUGUUGGAGGUCUUCAAGAAGUUCGACGCAGAUGGCUCUGGAGCGAUAUCGCGCGGAGAGCUGGGCGAGGUGCUGCAAUCCCUGAAAGAAUCAGAUCCAUGGGAGGAUGAAGAUAUUGAUGAGAUUCUGGCAGCGGCGGAUUCAAGCGGCGAUGGCGAAUUGCAGAUUCAGGAGUUUGUGAAGUGGAUCUUUGCUGAAGACAAGGAGAUCUCACAGGGAAUCAAGCACAAGGCUACCAUGAAGAUCUCAGGUUGCUCCCGGACGGGCUACGAUGGGGACUAUGUCCAGAAAGAAGGAGAAUACUACUACCGCAGGCCGAUCUUCUAUUGUGAGGAGCAACAGAAGUUCCUUUUCUACCAUGGACAGAGGAAGCAGUGGUCGCUCUUCUGGCGCACUGGGGCGAAAGCUUCUUGCCGUCUCAAGACCUCGCGCACGGCUCACAUGCCUGGAGAAGGUGCGACCUGGGCAGUGUGGAAGAAGAAUGGCAAGAACGGCAAGAAGAAGAGCUUCGUGCGUGAACCCGACAUGAAGUGCGAGGCUGAGGUGGCCGAAGUCCCCGAGCAGGAGCAGGAGAACCCGGAGGAGCUUCUGCAGCAGUCCGAGCAGUGUGUGAAGUUUGAUGAGAUCUACUACAAGAGAAUCGAUGGGGUCGUUGGCAAUCGAGCAGUGUACCGGCAGUCCAAAGGUGACGACUGGGGCGAUUCCUAUCUCUUCUAUGAAAAAUCCGACAGCAAAUGGAAAAUGGCCAGCGAAGCAACGGAGGGUGCGAGUGCCUUACACAUCUCAAGGAUCACCAAAGAAGCUUCCCCUGAAAAGGCAGCUUGGUUUGACGAGCGAGGCAAGCUGGAUGUGGUCGCAAUUGACACGGAUGGGAUUCCCAACAGCACGGGACAAAGGCUAACGUUGAACCGCAACGUUCCGGAUGGGUGGAAGGAUGAGUCCUUUCCACAUCACAAGGACUCCAUUGGGGGAAAAUGCUCCGCCAAAGUGGGCCGACUCCGCUGGCUGCGCGGCAUGGCGCUCCACGAAAACCCGGUGCUUUUCGCGGAUGUGGAACCAGCAGACGCCCUGCAAGGCAGCGUGGGCAACUGUUGGCUCAUCGCCGCCAUGUCUGCCAUUGCCGAAUUCCCGUCCUACUUGAAGAACAACAUCUUCCUCAACAAGAAGAUUUCCAAAGAGGGGAAGUAUCACGUCAAGCUCUUUGAUGGUCGCUUCGGCCAGUGGAAAGUCAUCAUGGUGGACGACUACCUGCCAUGCUCAGCUUAUGGUGGAGAUCGGCCUCGCCUCAUUUUCGGGAAGAUCAACGAUGGAAAGCUGUGCCUCCCGCUGAUUGAGAAAGCCUUUGCGAAGCUCUAUGGCUCUUAUUCAGCUCUUUGGUCUGGCUUUCAGCCUGUGGCAUGGUACCACUUGACCGGCUGCGACAAUUUCUUCCAGUACAAGUUUCAGUACGAGCAGGCCGUGAGGUGGGUGGUCAAGGCCGAUGAAGGUAUUCCAGUCUAUUCGGACAGGAGAAGGGCGACGAAGCUUGGCGUGUUGGCCGGAGGCUCUCACUUUUAUGAGAAGCAGCGGAUCGGAGGUUGGGUGAAGAUCGCCAAGGUAGAUGGAGAUGGGCCAACCUCGGGAUGGAUCAUGUACUACAACAAAGGCCAGCGCGUGGCGAGCCGUGAUCCUGUUUACCCGCCCAGGUAUUAUUUUAUGCACGUCUUUGUGAAGCCAGCAACAGUAAUGGGAGGCAUCAAAGGAGAAUCGACCAGCAAAGUGUCGGGCUGGACGCAGGCUUUCCAAACCAGGAUCAGCAAGUUUGUGUCAAAAGAGGGAGCUUGGUAUGAUCUCUUGAAGUUCGACAAGGACAAUCACCUCAUGGCAGCGAUAGCCACCCAGAGCAGUGACGAAUCAGACUCUGGAUUGGUCCAUGGUCACGCCUACAGCGUCUUGAAGAUCGUUGAGGUCCAGGGUUUUCGGCUUGUGGCUUGCAGAAAUCCAUGGGGAAGCGAUGCCGAAUGGAAUGGACCUUGGAGUGAUCGAAGCGCUGAAUGGAGGGCAAAUCCGAGCGUCGCAAAGGCCUUGAACGUGGAUUUCCAGACAGAGGGCACAUUCUGGAUGGAUUAUGAGGAUUGGAUGUACACCAUGGGGAACAUCAAGGUCAUGAACUGUAAGAUGCCUACCUCGCGAGGUGACUUCCAUUCCCAGUUCGUGGACGAGGAUGAAGAUGGUGACCGGGAUGAGGGAGACAAUGAUUUUGAUGAGGAGGACGACUCUGGCGGUGGAGAUAUUUGGAUCACUCCGCCAAGGAGCGGAGGCAAAAUCAUCGCUUGCUCAGGGCUGGGUGUGAAUUGGAACGCGCCGGUGCUGAUGCGGAACGGCACCCAGCUGCAACCAGGUGACACUGAACAGAAGUUUGUGAACGUUCCUACCUGUUUGGACGGCGGCACAUACUUUGGGCACCCUGCGAGCGUCUCCCCUGGCUUUUGGAACAUUGAGUUUGAGCCUCCCACGACAUUGUACGUCUGGCUCUUGGAUGGCAGCACCAACUCACUGGAAUUGGUCAUGCCCACACAAGGCUGGACAGUGGUGAAUGCUCCGGGCUUCCAAACCAAUGACGGAUACAAACUGCAUCUCUUGUCCAAAUACAUUGAGGAGGAGGAUCGCUACACUGGGCGUUACGAGUGUUUCAGAACUAUUAGUUCCUACUUCUGCGGCGGGCUGGUUGGAACCUACCCUUUGCCCAAGGAACCUGAAGUGAUGGUUUCUGCGGCUGUUCCAUCGGUGUCUGAGGGCGCUGACUUCCCAGUCACAGCUUGCUCCGGCCUGGAGAUUGAUUGGAAUCCUCCGACGACGAUGAGUGAGGGCACCCUGACAAAUCCAGGCGAAGAGGAGCUGGCUUUUCAGAAUGUGCCCGAAGUGUUGCUGGGUGGCACCUACAUUGGCACCAAGUGUUGGCCUUCCUCGGGCACCUGGACCAUCGAAUACCAAGCUCCUUGCAAGUUGUACGUCUGGGCCAGGGGAGACGAGUACAACGCCGGGGUGGAUGAGCUUCUUAGCGGUGAUGCUUGGGCUCGCGAGGCGGCAGAUGGUUUUCAACGCAGCGAUGGCCCGGCAUUGCAUCUCUGGGGCAGGCAUUUCACGACAGGAUCCUCUUACAGCAUCACAGUGGAGUCUCAACUCAUUAGCGGUGUGGUUGGCCAGCCCCUGGAGCUGGGCGGUGAAGUGACGAGCUGCGCGGGCCUGGACAUCGAUUGGAAUGCGCCCCGCAUGAUGACCGAGGGCACUCUAGUGAAUCCAGGUGACCGCGACUACAUCUUCGAGAAGUUGCCUCCCUUUUUGGCUGGCGGUUUAUACAUUGGCAGCAGGACUUGGCCGAAGGCGGGCACGUGGACCAUCCACUACCAAGCUCCCACCAUCCUGUACGUGUGGGUGGAGAAGGGUGAUUACAACGGUGGCGUUGAUGACGCGUUACGUGCAGAUGGUUGGAUUUGUGAGGACGUGGGUGGUUUCCAACGUGCGAAUGCAGCUGGAAGUAACCCAUUGGGUGUGUGGAGCAGGCACUUUGUCGCCGGCUCCUCAUACAGCAUUGAGACGACCGGCUUGAUGGUUGGCGGUGUCGUGUCCGCGGCAGCUGAUGAGUGAGAUUUGAGCAAAGGCUCAGCUCUCGGAUGUUUCACCAGUGUUGAUCGAUAACCAGGAAUGAUCCGAACAUGUUUGACCGAGAAUCAAAGCAUCGUUGAAGUCUGCGGCCUUUUGAUCGAAGUUUGUUUCCCCCUCGACCCCUCGCAGCAUGUGUCGUUUGCAUGGUGACUGACUGUGAGCCUGGAACUCCGAAGGUUCUCUGGCCUUUGGAGGACGGUGCCGGAAAAUGGCCUGACCUGACCGAUCCAAACUGAAGCUUGCGGCAAAAGCCGGGCGAGA